AUGACAACCUGGACAACACGACUCAAACUCAACUCUCCAACGAAUGAUCGCAAGUUAACGCCACUAAACCUACAAGAUAGUACAACGCAAAAAAAUGAAAACCUUACAGACGACAAGACAAAAAUCGCUGAAUGGACUAGGAAGUCUCUCCAUGGCAGACAUCGUCAUGACCUUUGCCAACCUAAUGUCGACAAGGAGGCGUCGAACGCGUGGCUGAGGCGUGGCGAACUGUUCCCGGAGACUGAAGGGUUCAUGUCGGCGAUACAAGACCAGUAUUGGUACCUUAACCAGAGCAAUGGCGUCAGAUGGGCUGGUAGGUUUUCUCAGUCGUACAGGUUGGAGUGUGGGGUGAGGCAGGGGGGUAUAACCUCCCCCAAGCUAUUCAACCUGUACGUUAAUGACCUGAUCGGGGGGUUGAGCAGCGCUCCAGUAGGAUGCAGAGUUGAUGAUGUUAGUAUCAACAACAUCAGCUAUGCAGAUGAUAUGGUGCUGCUCAGUCCAACAGUCAGGGCAUUGAGAAAACUACUCAGCAUAUGUGAAGAAUACGUAAGUAAAUAUGGCUUACUAUAUAACGCUAAGAAAAGCGAAUAUAUGGUAUUUAAGGCCGUCGGGGGCAAGCUACCGGAAAAUGUACCUGCCAUAAAACUUAAUAAUAAUGAGCUCAAGCGCGUGUAUACAUUUAAGUAUCUUGGACACUAUGUCACCGACGACCUUAAAGACCAAUUAGAUAUAGAACGGGAGCGCACGGCACUGGCGGUACGAUGCAACAUGCUAAUAAGGAGGUUUGCACGGUGUAGCCAACAGGUAAAAAUAACUUUAUUUAAAGCCUAUUGUCAAGUUUUCUACACGUGCAGCCUCUGGACUAGUUUUACGCAGAAGACCAUCAGUUCCCUGCGCGUCCAAUAUAAUAAUGGUUUCAGGAUGUUGUUGGGGCUGCCCCGCUUCUGCAGCGCAUCGGGCAUGUUUGCACAAGCUCGCACAGAUGAUUACUAUGCCAUAAUAAGAAAGAGGAUUGCCUCGUUGCUCUGCAGAGUGCGGGCCAGCUCCAACCCCAUCCUGGCUACGGUAGCGGGCCGAUACGACUCACCUGUUGUGCGACAUUUUGAGGGUAUCAUGACCGCUACCAGGUGAUUGUUUGUUAUUGUUUGUUAUUAAUUGUUGCUGUACUUUCCGCUUUUCUUUUUGUCUUUUUAUAUUUGUUGUACUAACACUUAGUUUUAAACCUUAAAUGUUACUAACCAUUAUGGACCAUU